GUUGAUGAGGCGGAUGACAAGAAGGAGCGGUACCGCGAAAAGAAUCGGUUGGCAGCUGCCAAGUGUCGUUCUAAGAAGAAGACGCACACCGAGGGCCUAGAGGAGUCAGCUAGAUUCAUCACUGCGCAGAACAACAAGCUCCGAGCGGAGGAAAGAGAGCUGCGAGACAUGUUCUCCAGCCUUCGCCACCAAGCACUUGCGCAUGACCCUACC